CAUAAAUGAAGUUGCAAAUACUACAAGAGAAGAAUAUCCGUAGAGUAGAGAGAGGUACGCACGUCCAUGGCGCAUAUGAUCUCGUUUGAGAUUAAGUUAGAAUCCCAAAUAAUUCCAACCAACACCACAUUUCCUAGAAAGUUUCUAAUUUAGAUCAAACCCUUUUCAUCCCUACAAAAAUUCACAUGUGAAAUUCAACGGCAUUCUUCCCAAGAAAUUCCCCCCUUUCCAAAAUCCUUUCUUGAUCGCAUAUGUUCGGGUUAUGAUCAGCAUUUCUUGGUGGGGUGGCGAUGGAUGAUUGUGGUGGGAGGCGAUCUUUUGGGGUCUCGUUUAUUUUGGUGCUGCUGCUGAUUGAGGUUGUGUUUGUGGUGAAGGGGAAUAAUGUGGUGUUUAAAGUCCACCACAAGUAUGGUGGGGCCGCAAAGGGAAAGGCACCAAUUGGAGUGCUCAAGGCCCAUGAUUCGAAGCGCCAUGCCAGAGUUCUUGCAGGUGUAGAUUUCCAAUUGGGUGGUGAUGGAUCUCCCACAAACACGGCGCUCUACUUCACCAAAAUUACAAUAGGUACUCCUCCAGUUGACUAUCAUGUCCAGGUUGAUACAGGAAGUGAUAUUCUGUGGGUGAAUUGCCAUAAGUGUGAUAAGUGUCCCACAAAAAGUGAUCUUGGAAUAUCAUUGGUGCAAUAUAACCUCAAGGCCUCCUCCACUGGACAAGUCGUCACUUGUGAUCAAGAGUUCUGUGCUACAGUAUUCAGUACUCCGAAUCCAAAUUGCAAGGUUGGAAUGAACUGCGAAUACGCUGUUACUUAUGGAGAUGGGGGCAAGACUGAGGGUUACUUUGUGAGAGAUACCUUCAGAUUUGAUCGAGUAACUGGAAACCGUCAGACGUCACCAAUGGAUGGAUCUGUAGCAUUUGGGUGUUCAGCUAAACAAUCUGGGGAGUUAGGUUCGUCUUCACAGGCUGUUGAUGGGAUUGUUGGUUUCGGACAAGCAAACACAUCCAUUCUUUCACAGCUUUCUUUGGCCGGAAAGGUGAAGAAGAUCUUUUCACAUUGCUUGGACAGUAAGAAGGGAGGCGGCAUAUUUGCUCUGGGAGAGGUUGUGGAGCCAAAAGUAGUCACAGCGCCAAUCGUUCCAAAUCAGGCUCAUUAUAAUCUUAUUCUGAAGGGAGUUCAGGUGAGUGAUAAAAACAUAGACCUUCUUCCAACAGGUGUAUUCGGCAUAGGGCCCCCUCGGAGGGCCAUAAUCGACAGUGGCACGACCCUUGCCUAUCUUCCAGCAGACAUGUAUGAGAAGGUUAUCACUAAGAUAAUGGAGUUGCAACCAAAGAUGCAAAUGCAUAUGGUUGAGGAUGAGUUCAAAUGUUUUUGGUUUACUGCCAACAUUGAUGCCGCAUUCCCAGUUGUAACGUUUCAAUUUGAGAACUCACUUUCAUUGCAAGUUUAUCCUCACAAUUAUCUGUUUGAAGUUCGUGAUACAGAAUAUUGCAUCGGUUGGCAGGUGAGUGGAAUGCAGUCAAAGGAUGGGCAAGAAUUGACUUUGUUAGGAGAUAUUGCCUUAUCCGACAAGCUUGUUGUGUACGAUCUUGAUAAUCAGACGAUUGGAUGGGCACAAUAUAACUGUUCAUCGAGCAUCAAAGUGAAGGACGAAGAGAGUGGCAAUGCGUAUGAUGUUGUUGCCCAUGACAUAUCUUUGGAUCCCUCCCCAUUGAAGGCUAAUGUUAUAUCGGUUCUUAUGUUUGUAGCCGUUGUUCUCAGUCUGUUCGUAUGAGCUUCUAAAAAAGGAGGCAGCAACAAGAAAUACUGCUGGUUGUCGUGUCAUGUCGUGUCGUGUCGUGUCAUGAACAGGCAAGAAGCUUUACACUGGAUAUCCAAUUGUCAAGGUGAAAAAUUGGAGAUUUUCAACACCCUAGUCUGCUUUACCUUAGAGAUUGCUGCUCCUUGUAUAUUUGUUUCAAUCUUAUGUAUAUUUUCUUUAAAUUUUAUGGUAUAGAAAUUACAUGAACAUUGUAAAGUGAAACAAGAAUAACAGUCUUUCAUUUCUAUUCUUUAGAGAA